AUGAAAUCAUUGAAAAAUGAUCGAUAUUGGAUUUUAACAGUUCAUUCAACAUUAAAUUUAUUUGCUGCUGCUGAAGUACGAAAAGAUGUUAGUAGACAAUUUCAAAUUGCAAUAUUAUUAGGAGAUGUUGAAGAACGUAUUAAAUUUCGUAGACAAUGCAAUCAAAAAUCAUUUGAUGAAAAAAUACCUGAUAUAAAUCUAAAUGCUAAGCGUGAAGUCCAUUCACCAAAACUAUUUUAUCCAGCAGUUGGACGUCUUCAAAUCGCUUAUCGUUUAACAACAAAUGGAAAAUUUCAAGAAGCUGUUGAAAAAUUUCGUUCAAUAUUAUUAUCUGUUGCAUUAUGUAUUGUUGAAUCACGUCAAGAUAUUCUUGAGAGUCAACAAUUAACUGAAAUAUGUAAAGAAUAUAUUGUUGGUUUACAAAUGUUAAUGGCAAAAAAAGAUUUAGCAAAAGAUGAUCAUGACAUUAUAAUCUUCACACGGAAAGUAUUAAGUGUUCGUGAAAAAAAUCCAAUUGAUGAACAUCUAUUAAAUUAUGAUGAAUAUAAUCCAUUUAAUAUUUGUGCUGCAUCCUAUGUACCACAUUUAUCGGUAACAAAUUUAAAGAUGAAACCGAAUUUAAUUUAA